AUGGGUUUUGACAGCUCAAUGCUAAAAAGCGUUUUGGAGCAAUUUGUGGAUGAAAUUGGAGAAGAAUCUGUCGAUUUAAUUGUCGACCGUCCUCGAUUCGCUCAUGCUGUCGUUGUUGUUGCUAACGACGACGGAGAGCUUUGUCAAGCAUCAUGUAUUCGCCAACUUGAUGAGCUCAUUCUUCAUGAGACCCACGUUGCCAACGUUGAUGCUGAAUGGGCUGAUGAAGAAAUUCAGCGGGCUCUUCGCGAACUCGCCGAAUCAAAAGAAAUGCUUGAUACGCCACGUGGUAGCGUGUACGUCGAAGAAUCACGCGAGCAUCGCCACAAAUCAUCAUCGACCACUACCACCACCACUACUACUCACACCACCAAAAACAUUACUAGUCGCGUCGAGUUCCCUUCAAUGAUGCGUGCCCGUUCGGCCUCACGUCAUCGCAACCACUGA